ACACCCCUUACACUUUUCUAACAUCUGGUCUCAUUAACACUUCCAAUCUCUUUGUAUUUUAUUAGGGUUUUAUGUGAUAAACUAACACAAAGUAGACCAGAGUUGUGAAGUGCAAAGAAAGAAAUGUACGACUUUACUUUGUAGAACCGUUUUUAGCUGCAGGUCGGUUGCUUAAUGUCUCCAUCCAUCCUGAUCACACUCACUUGUGCCUUAAAACGUACCAUUUUUAAUUUGCAUCUCUUUCAUUUUUACUGUAUAUCUUCUAUUACUGCCCCUCUACUGUUCCCUUGUCCCCUCACUGUUGAUCUUGUGGGAGUUGGAUGGUUUGGUUGGCUUCAGCUGUGAUCCCAGCAGGUCCAGUUGUUCAGAGCGAGAGCCUCAGACUUUCAACCAGUGGUUCAGAACAUCUGGCCUCCAGCUUCAGUUACACUUAAAACAACAUUGAUUUAGAAUCAAAAACAACAAGGAGGUGGAAUAUUAGAAAAGGUUUUGAUGUUCUCUGUGUAUCAUAACGUCUGAACAGAUGUUUGGGGUGAUGUGAUGACAUGUAUCCGUUGACCCAGAAAAGACCCUGUGUUGGCUUUUACCACUCAGAACCACAUUAUCUUGGAUUGAAGAACAGUUUACUAUGGUAUGAUAUGACUACGGUAAACAGAUCCCAGGGUGGGGAUCAGUUGGUACGUAGGUUCUGUUACUCCUUGGAAAAAAUGAGGAAUUCUGAGUUUGCUUACACACUGGUGUGUAUUUAUUCCUCUUCAGAGAUCUGCAUUAAAGGACUGAAGGUGGAGGCCAGCUAUUUUUACUGUUUUUCAGAUGGUAGAAUAGAAAUAUUUUUUCUUAUCCCACAAAGAGAAAUUCAGGAGUAACAGCAGCAUCAGAUAUACUAGUUCAGACACAAUGUCCUUAAAUUGCUAAAACAACAUAUACAAAAGAAGAUUGACAAUAACAACCAGAAUAAUGAUCAUGCUAUGUUGUGCAAGGUUAUCACAUAAAAAUACUGUGUAGCUAUUAGAGGAAGUUUUGACUCAUGAUCAGGAAUGUGCAGCUUAGAUAGAUUACUUUUUUAAAAGUGUACAUAAUGUUAAUUUAUGUUGAAGUUAGAAAGACUAUUUACAACACAGUAUAUCAGUAUGGAAAAUAGUGUAUAGCAGUUUGUGUAUAGCAGCUUUGAGUUAGCUAAAAGCUGCUAUACACAAUUAGCAGAUAACAACAAUUAAAAUAAAUUUCACCAAGAUGAUCAUUUUUCAAAUUUGAAACAUUCCGUCUUCUCCAGGUUCUUUCGUUUAUACUUGGUGCUUUUACUGAAAAUCCAUCCUCCUGUCUCUGUGCACAGGUGGCCUUUCACAUUCAGCCGUACAAGGGACGGACGGACCAGAGCAUGCAUGACAACAUCAAAUAUAUUAUUGACAAAUAUGGAAACCAUGGCGCCUUCUACAGAUUCAGGACUAGCACAGGGCAAGUCCUGCCACUGUUCUAUGUCUAUGACUCCUACCUUACCCCACCCGAAUCCUGGACGGAGCUCCUGACAGCAAAAGGCUCACAGAGCAUCAGAGGGACGCCUUACGAUGGUGUUUUCGUUGCCCUGGUUGUGGAGGAGCGCCACAAGCAUGACAUCCUAGCCAGCGGCUUUGACGGCAUGUACACUUACUUUGCCUCCAACGGUUUCUCAUUCGGCUCCUCCCACCAGAACUGGAAAGCCAUCAAGGAGUUCUGUGAUGCAAACAACCUGCUGUUUAUCCCCAGCGUCGGUCCGGGCUACGUGGAUACCGCCGUGCGACCGUGGAACAACCACAACACCAGAAACCGGGUCAACGGGCGUUACUAUGAGACCUCCCUACAGGCGGCUCUGUCUGUCAGACCAGAAAUCGUCACCAUCACUUCCUUCAACCAAUGGCAUGAAGGCACUCAGAUAGAAAGGGCUGUACCCAAGAAGACAAUGGCGCGUUUAUAUUUGGACUACUUACCAAACCAAGCAGACCAUUAUUUACAGCUUACUCGUCAGUGGGCCGAGACCUUCAACAAGGAGAAGGACAAGUGGCUGAUGUGAACAAGGCUUCAUCUGCCUGGUGGAGGCUUUGAGGAUCACUGUGAGUCUCAGUAUUUGAGCUCCUUCUGACUGUUGAGCCUGGUGAUUUAUCUCACCAACAUUUUCUGCUCAGUAUUUCUUUGUAAACUUAAAAAAAAGUACAGUUACAAAGAGAAGCUGUUUUUUCCUUCCCUAUUUUACUAAAAUAAAGACUGUUAUUUCUUGUACUUUCUUUAUGAUCAAUUAAAAUGUCUGUUUACUGUUG